GUCUCUGACUUCCCUGUCUUCCUCUUCUCCUCCUUCCUUUUUGCUUUUCCGUCGUUUUUCUCCGCCGGGUUUCUCUCUCUCACCGCCACUAUCAUCUCCGGUUAAGCCCUACUCUGUUUCACUUCUUCUCACAAGGUUGCUAAAAAGCAGCACUUGCCAAAUUGUGAAGAUCGUGUAGGUUAAAGUUUCAGUCUUUAACCAUAUAGGAGAAGUGAAUUAACCUCGUUAGAUCUGGGGAAGUGAAUUAAGCUGAAAAGGGAAGUGCCCAUCUCGAAAGUUUCAACCUUUACGUUUAAGUUUUGCAAGUGGUUUAACCGGCUGGUUAGGGUGGGUUUUAAAUUGAUGGUUUCCACGGCGGCUAAGGAUUUUGUUUGUAGAAGAUGAGCGUUGAGGAUCGAAGAGGGUGGUGGAGGUCUGGUGAUUGUUUCACAUUGAAUGGCAGAUCUUGUGUCCUAUAGUAAUGCUUCUGACCACAACCUUGAACAAGCAUUGAAUACUUUGAAGAAGGGCACUCAACUUUUGAAAUAUGGUCGCAAAGGAAAGCCCAAGUUUUAUCCUUUCAGACUCUCUAGUGAUGAAAAAUCUUUGAUCUGGAUAUCAAGUAGUGGUGAAAAGCGACUUAAGUUAGCCUCAGUAUCUAAAAUUGUACCUGGGCAAAGAACUGCUGUUUUCCAGCGAUAUCUUCGCCCAGAGAAAGAUUACUUAUCCUUCUCUCUCUUAUACAACGGAAAAAAGAAGUCUCUUGACUUGAUUUGUAAGGACAAGGUUGAAGCUGAAGUUUGGAUUGGAGGUCUUAAAACAUUAAUAUCAGGUGGACAAGGCGGUCGCUCAAAGAUUGAUGGCUGGAGUGGCGGAAACAUUUCAGUUGAUGCCAGUAGAGACGUGACAUCAAGCAGUCAAAGCAGCAGUUCUGCGAGCGCUUCACAGGGUCACAGCUCUCCUGGGACCCCCUUUAACUUCGACCCAAUUGCUUCUCCUAAAACUGAGCUACCUUCAACUGAUUUAGAGAAAGCAUAUGUUGCAUUGGACACCAAAAACAUGCAAACAAAGGUAUCUGGUUCAGAUGGUUUCCGAGUUAGUGUCUCUAGUGCACAGAGCAGUUCUAGUCACGGUUCUGGAGCAGAUGAGUCUGAUGCGUUAGGGGACGUAUACAUUUGGGGUGAGGUUAUAUGUGACAAUGUCGUCAAAGUGGGGAUUGAUAAGAACGCAAGUUAUCUAACCACUCGAACGGAUGUCCUUGUGCCGAAGCCAUUAGAGUCAAACAUUGUCUUGGAUGUUCAUCAAAUUGCAUGUGGUGUGAGGCAUGCUGCAUUUGUGACAAGGCAAGGUGAGGUUUUCACUUGGGGUGAAGAAUCUGGAGGAAGACUUGGUCAUGGUAUUGGGAAAGAUGUGUUUCACCCUCGUCUUGUUGAAUCUCUCACAGCUUCUGCUUCAUCUGUUGACUUCGUUUCUUGUGGAGAGUUCCACACUUGUGCUGUUACUCUAUCCGGAGAGCUCUAUACAUGGGGUGACGGUACACAUAAGGCCGGACUUUUAGGGCAUGGCUCUGAUAUAAGUCAUUGGAUACCAAAGAGAAUCGCUGGUCCUCUCGAGGGACUCCAUGUAGCUUCUGUAACUUGUGGACCCUGGCAUACCGCUUUGAUAACAUCACAUGGGAGGCUUUUUACGUUUGGAGAUGGAACGUUUGGUGUGUUGGGACACGGUGACAAGGAAACAGUUCAGUAUCCAAGAGAAGUUGAAUCUUUAUCAGGUCUGAGAACCAUUGCGGUUUCAUGUGGGGUUUGGCACACUGCUGCUGUUGUUGAGAUCAUCGUCACACAAUCAAACUCAAGUUCUUCUGUGUCAUCUGGGAAGCUGUUCACAUGGGGUGAUGGAGACAAAAACCGUCUUGGACACGGUGACAAGGACCCUCGGCUUAAACCAACAUGUGUCCCUGCGUUGAUUGAUUACAACUUUCACAAAAUAGCAUGUGGACAUAGUUUAACAGUUGGUUUGACCACGUCUGGACAAGUGUUCACGAUGGGGAGUACAGUUUACGGUCAGCUCGGGAAUGUACAGACAGACGGAAAGCUACCUUGUUUGGUUGAGGACAAGCUCGCAAGUGAGUUCGUUGAGGAGAUCUCUUGCGGAGCAUAUCAUGUUGCAGCCUUAACAUCUAGAAACGAAGUUUACACAUGGGGUAAAGGAGCUAAUGGGAGAUUAGGACACGGUGAUCUAGAGGAUCGAAAAGUACCUACUCUUGUGGAAGCUUUGAGAGACAGACACGUUAAGUACGUUGCUUGUGGAUCCAACUACACUGCAGCUAUAUGUCUACACAAAUGGGUCUCUGGUGCUGAGCAAUCUCAGUGCUCAGCUUGUAGACUAGCUUUUGGUUUUACACGGAAACGGCAUAACUGCUAUAACUGUGGACUUGUGCAUUGUCAUUCAUGUAGUUCCAAGAAAGCAUUCAGAGCUGCAUUGGCUCCAAGUGCUGGAAGACUGUACCGUGUCUGCGACUCUUGUUAUGUUAAGCUCAGUAAAGUGUCUGAGAUAAGUGAGACAAACAGAAGGAACAGUGUUGUGCCUCGUCUUUCAGGGGAGAACAAAGACAGGUUGGAUAAAUCUGAGAUAAGAUUAGCCAAGUUUGGUACAUCUAAUAUGGAUUUGAUCAAGCAACUAGAUAGCAAAGCUGCUAAACAAGGAAAGAAAACUGAUAAUUUUCGCAACUCUCAGCUGCCUUCUUUGUUACAGCUGAAAGAUGCAGUGCAGUCUAAUGUAGGAAGGUCUACUCCAAAGCUAGUUCCUGGCCCAUCAGGUAUUAGUUCCAGGUCGGUGUCGCCUUUCUCUAGGAGGUCUAGUCCUCCUCGCUCUGCUACUCCUAUGCCUUCAACUUCUGGAAUCUAUUUCCCUGUGGGUAUGGCUGAUAAUAUGAGAAAAACUAAUGAGAUCUUGAAUCAGGAGAUCAUUAAGUUAAGAACACAGGUGGACAGUCUGACACAAAAGUGUGAACUCCAAGAAGUAGAGCUCAAGAACUCGGUUAAGAAGACUCAGGAAGCUUUAGCAUUGGCAGAGGAGGAAUCUGCCAAGUCCAGAGCUGCAAAAGAAGCAAUAAAGUCGCUCAUAGCUCAGCUCAAGGAUGUUGCUGAGAAGUUGCCUCCUGGUGAGAGCAUCAAACUCGGAUUAGACCAGAACGGUUUCCACUUCCCUGAAGAAAACGGGUUCCAUCCAUCAAGAUCAGAGUCAAUGACCUCUUCUAUAUCAUCAAUUGCUCCUUUUGACUUCGCCUUUGCGAAUGCAUCCUGGGCCAAUCUCCAGUCACCAAAGCACACUCCUAGAGCCGGUGAAAGAAACAACAACACGGCUUAUCCCUCAGACCCACGGCUUAGUAGCAGCGGGUCAGUAAUCAGUGAGAGACACGAGCCUUUCCAGUUCCACAAUGGUUCUAGCCAAACAGGAGCUGACAACAAUACUAAUGAGGUAGAAGCAGAGUGGAUAGAACAGUAUGAGCCUGGUGUGUAUAUAACCCUUGUUGCUCUCCAUGAUGGAACUAGAGAUCUAAGAAGAGUCCGGUUCAGCCGAAGAAGAUUUGGAGAACAUCAAGCUGAGACAUGGUGGUCGGAGAAUAGGGAAAAAGUGUAUGAGAAAUAUAAUGUGAGAGUGUCGGAGAAACCAACAGCUUCUCAAACUGAUAGAGACAGAGAUGAAGAAGAGGACGUUACUAAGUAGUAGUCAUUAAAAUGUUUGUAUGUUUUUGCCCCUUAAGUUUUAGUUUCUUUAGUUUUGUCCGGAAACUCUUCAAUUGUUCAACUUAACUCUUUUUUUUCUCCCUUUUUUCAUGUCCUUAAAUGUAUGUGGUAUAUAUAAAAAGACCAUCUGUUCCCAGAUCACAUUAGCAACAAAAUCAA